AUGCCUCUCUCAAAGCUGCAGGGUGUCAAGCUCCCCGCCUCGGCCGACUUCCACGUCCACCUCCGCGAUGGCGAUAUGAUGGAGCUGGUCACCCCCACCAUCAGACAAGGUGGUGUCAACACUGUUUUCGUCAUGCCGAAUCUUGUUCCGCCUGUCACCACAGUCGACCGCGCGCUCGAGUACAAGCAGCGUCUGCAGGCAAUUGAGCCAAACGUAAACUUCCUCAUGUCUCUGUACCUGCACGAGUCUAUUACGCCGGAAACCAUCAUCGAUGCCAAGAAGCGCGGCAUCACGGGUGUUAAGAGUUACCCGGCUGGUGUGACGACCAACUCUUCUGCUGGUGUGGUCGACUACGAGCAGUUCUAUCCCGUCUUUGCUGAGAUGGAGCGCCAGGGUAUGAUCCUGAACUUGCACGGAGAGGUUCCCUCUCAGGGCGAUGUGACAGUCCUCUCUGCGGAGGAGCGCUUCCUGCCCACCCUCCUGCAACUGCAUGAGAAGUUCCCCAAGCUCCGGAUCAUCCUGGAGCACUGUACCACUGCCGCGGCUGUGGAAGCUGUCAAGAAGUGCGGGCCGACCGUCGCGGGAACCAUUACCGCUCACCACCUGUCGAUUAUCAUUGACUCCUGGGCCGGAGACCCUUUUUGCUUCUGCAAGCCUGUCGCCAAGACUCCUGCUGACCGAGACGCUCUUCUGCGGGCUGCCGCAUCCGGCAACUCCAAGUUCUUCUUCGGCUCGGAUAGUGCACCGCACCCCGCAGCAUCCAAGAGAGGUGGAGAGAAAAUCGCUGCAGGUGUCUUCACUCAGCCGUAUACGACCCAGCUGGUGGUUGACGCCUUCGAGCAGGCCUGUCAAAACGGCGUCCUGAAAGAGGACGAUAUCACCCCUGAGAUCAUCGAGGGGUUCAUGAGCAAAUUCGGCCGCGCCUUCUACGGCCUUGAGGCUGAGCAAAAGGAGUUCAUCACUCUUGAAAAGAAAGAUGAGAAGGUCGUAAACAUCCUCAAGUCGGAUAAGGUGGACGUAGUCCCUUUCAGAAGGGAUCAGGAGACAUGGAGCGUGACCUGGUCUUCAUAA